AUGGUGUUGAAGAAAGUGGACAAUCGCAUCAGAGUUUUGAUUGAAAAUGGCGUCCAGAAGAAGCAGCGAUCACUGUUUGUUAUCGUGGGCGAUAAAGGAAGAGAUCAAGUAAGUAGAAUCAUAAUUGAUAGGUCGUUCUGAAGUCUCAGUAUCACUGAGUAAAUUCGCAACCAACGAAGUACGUUUGCCUACGUACAUAAGCGAUGUAAGUGGAUUUAUAUGUUUGUUUUCACCAGCGUCUCACCAAAAUAAACGUCAUAGGGCAAAUAUCCUGUUUAGAGAGACAAAAAUUAGUUUCAGCUGGUUCGAAGUGAGGCUUUUUUUAUGGUAGAAUUGGAUGUCUCUGGUCGUAUGCGUUUUGCAAGUUAUUCAGUGGUCUUCCUAAAUCUUAUUUCAGCUCCAAAUUAACAUUCUUAUUUUUGCAUGCCGUGAGAACGGUUUGGAUUUCUCCCUCUGCGAGUAACGUAACAUGGGACUGCAGAUUUUGAAAAAUAUCUCUUUGAAAAUCAAAUUUCUGUAACAACUGUGCAACUGUCCUGGCGUAUAACUGCCAUGUGACAAGCUUGAGACCAUUUGAAGCAUUGAAAGAGAUAGUAACAUGUAACUAACUAGUAUUGCUUUGGGGAGAACAAAUGGUUAAAAGAACACAACUGAAUCACCAAUGAAAUACACCUUAACAAUGGUGUAUGUGGCAUCUACACAUUUAACUUAUGCAAUGAUGAAUGAAAGUAUUAACUUCUUAGACCUGAUAUCAUAAUGUUGAUGAUCAGGGAUGAAUGGGAAUCUUCUCUCUGAGCAUACACAUACAUGUACACAAGUGUUAUGCAUGCAUUUCUGUUCUAAUGUCAGCAUAUGCAAAUAAUAUAUUAGGCUAAUUCAUUGAGCAACUGAAUAUUGCUUUUAGUUUAUUUGAACACACAGAACAGUUAGAUAUGCAGUGUACAUGGAAAUAUAUAUGGAUUUGUAGAGACAUGCAACCAGUCAAAUAUCGCUUUUUAAAAUUUUUUGAGGUUGUCAUUCUCCAUCACAUGCUAUCGAAGACAGCAGUCAAAGCAAGACCAACAGUUCUGUGGUGUUAUAAGAAAGAACUGGGAUUUAGCAGGUAAUGGAAUUUUGUAUCAUGGCUUGUUCUUUAUUAUGGCAACUGUGUUACUGUAAUGGGCUCUUACCCAUGACCAAACAAAUACCAAAUUAUCAGUUACUCAGUCUACUGAAGUUUAUGUGUUAUGCCCCCUAUGAUAAACAUCUUUUUUAUGUCAACAAUCUAAUAUGGCUUUAAAAUACAUUUUAAUAAUAUUAUUAUAUUUAGUCAAAAUCAACCUAAGUGCAGCCCUAUUCUAUAUUCCUGAGUCUAUUUCCAGCAUAUACAUUCACAAAACAGACAGCAUACACUGUAACUCUUAUAGAACUGGAUUAGGAAGCCUCCCAACACUUUCAAGUCAUGUUAAGCUAUGUGUCUUAUUUUUCCCUUUAAACAAACCUUAUUUAUGUGGUUCUUGUAAAUUUUACAGUACAUCACAAUUUGCUAAAUUGAUUUGCUAGUGUUGUAAAAUGUACCAAUAAAAAUGAAUAUCUCAGGCUAGUAUUAAAAACUAAUAGACAAGUACCAACUACUUGUUACUCUUUAACUCCCUAGAGUGAUCAAGACAGACUUUCUCCAUACAAUAUCAAUACAAUUCCAAGCACACGAGUAAUGAGAAUAAAGAAAAUAUUGAUUAGUGGAUUAUUAGUUGAUCCAAUACCAAAUUCUUCGUACUAACAUCAUAAGAAUUGUAAGGAGACAGUAGAGAGAAAAACUUAUGAGAUGUUGGUAAGAGAGUUAAAGGGUUCAGCUGUAAAUGGUGUGCUUUUGUUUUUCUUUAUCAGUCACAGAAAGAAAAGAAUGAAGCAAUUGCAAAAGAAAAUCAAGAGUGGAACCUUAGAUCUGAAGAAGGAUGACCCAUUUGAGUUGUUUGUAUCUGCUACAAAUAUUCGCUAUUGUUAUUAUGCUGAAACCCACAAGAUACUUGGAAAUACAUAUGGCAUGUGUGUGCUUCAGGUAGGGACGAUGAACAAUUUCUUUUUAUAAAUGUGCAUUGUCAUUGGAAACUCCUUAUAAACACUGCUUUUUGCGCCAUUCAUAACUUGCUCCUUCAAAAGUCUAUUACAAUGUCUUUAUAUAUUUACCAGAUUAACCCAGGCGUACAAUUUCCAUGAGUAACUAAGACAGAAUUUCUCCAAACAAUAUUGAUACAACAUUAAGAAGAAAAGUGAUGAAAAUUGGGAGAUUAUUAGUUGAUCCAAUACCCAAUUCUUUGAACUAAAAUCAUGAUAGUUUUAUGGGAAACAGUAUGGAGAAUUACAAAAUGAGAUCCUGAGAAUGAAAGGGUAGUCAGGCAAAGUCAACUUAUGUUCCUAGCUGUUGGUAAGAGCUUAGCCAUGCAGAUUCCUACCAUUGAUUGACUUUAGAAGGAGUUUUUUCACUCUCUUAGGUGGGGUGCUGGUCCAUAAUAACUUCCCCCCCCUCUAAGCUAUUAGUGAGAAACACUUACAAGUUAGUUUUCAGGUAUUGAAGUCUGUUUUUGUUCCAUGCUCCUUUUUUUCCAUAUCAUGUCUUGUACAGGAUUUUGAAGCUUUAACACCAAAUCUACUGGCCCGAACUGUUGAGACAGUUGAGGGAGGCGGUUUGAUUGUACUUCUGCUAAGAACAAUGUCAUCUUUGCAACAGCUGUACACAUUGGCCAUGGUAAAAUUCUGUGGAUUAAGUUUCUACAUCUCAUAAUUAUCCAGGCAAUAAUAUAGUAGUUUAUAGUUAAUAUGCAGUGUAUAUUAACAGUUUGCAUAGGUUUGUGAUGACAAACUUCCUGUUUACUGCUAGGAUAGGAAUAUCAUCAUUGAAUAUGUACUGAGGAGAUAUAAUUAUAAUGUGAAAGUAGUUUGCCAAGUAAAUGAUAAUUAAAUCUUAAACUCCCAGAAGUGAUUAACAUAAAACUUCUCCAUACAAUAUCCAUACAUUCUUCAGCAAACAGGUAAUGAGAAUAUUCAAACUUAUCAGGUAGAAGCUGCUAUCUUGAUCUAGCACCAAGUCCUUAUAACUAAUUUACAAGGAAAUUUGUAGCAGCUAGAGGAGAGAAUUAACAAUCAGAUCUUGGGAGUUAAAGGGUUAAAACAGUUGAAGGAGACAGUGAUAGGGACACUUAGCCAUAUUCAACAAACAAAAUUGUGUCUUUUAAAUCCAGCCACCAAAAUGCAGUCAGUAUAUCAAAUUAGCUUCUUUAUUGUAUUGUGCUGAGGGGAAGGUCAAACCCUAGUUGCUUCACAUAGAUUAAAAAUACUUGAAUUACAGUGUAAAUGUGUUUCUUAGGAUGUACAUUCUCGAUACAGAACAGAGUCUCAUCAAGAUGUCGUUGGAAGAUUUAAUGAAAGGUUAGUACUUUGAUCAUCACAACCCUAAUUUUUAAUUCAAGAAUGGUACUUAAAGGAAAAUAAGAUAUUUAUCACUCUCAGAAGGUAAAGGGUUGAUGCAUAAAUCCUGUAAAGCACUUAUGUUGAUUUAUAUGUGAAGACAGAGCUUUCAGUAUCUUGAAAUUUGCCUUUUAUGUGAGAAAGUUAUCUCUUUUUUUGCUUUCAACAGAUUCAUAUUGUCACUGACCUCUAAUAAGAAUUGCAUGGUUAUUGAUGAUCAGUUAAAUAUUCUCCCCAUCUCUUCUCAUACUCUAUCAAUAACUGCAUUACCACCAAAAUCAAAGGUAAAGAUUAUCAUUCCUGUAUUCUAAGUUCAGUGGAGAGGUAGUUUUGUAGUUUAUGGUUUUUCAUGUUGUGGUUGACACUAUAAAAUUUACAGGACAUGAGCACAAUGAAUGCAUUUAUGCUGUUUUCCUACCAAAGUUGACUAAUAAGACAAAGAAGCUUCAAAUUAAUGGGGUGAACAUUCCUGCAAUUUUUGGUCUUAAAAGCCUUAAAACUUGACUUGAUUAUUUCUUGAAUGGUCUCAAAUAUCCUGAAACUUGACUGAAGCCUAGAUUCCCAAAGGUUUUGAGAAUUGAGGAUCAAGAAUUGCAGAUAUAGGAUCAAGUGUUAAUAGGGUGUCAACGUACAAUUGAGCAUUAAGUACUGUAUUUUAGACCCAUUGUAAUUAAUAUGUAAUUAUUGUCAUAUAGCAGGCUGGGACAGACUUGCUAACAAGUUAAACCAAUAAAAUCAAGCCAUCUUAAAGCAAAUUUAGAUGGCAAAAUUAUGCAGAUGCAAUACAAACUUAGUGAACAAGCAUGCAAAUGCCAUUUCUUUUGUUACAGGAAGAAUCUAUGACUGCAAAUGAAAUUGAGCUUAAGAGUUUGAAAGAAUCAUUGCAAGACACACAACCUGUUGGAGGUAUUGUUAACUGUUGCCGCACUCUUGACCAGGUCAGUUUCUUCAAAUGCAUAUUUGUUGACUUUGUGUUUUUCAUUAAAAUUUUUUUUAUCAGAAAUUGUGAAAACUUUAAGAAUUCAGACUCUUAAAAAAAAGGUACAUGUAAGAAGUUCUUCAAAAGAGCCUCUGCCCUGAUAACAAUGUUCCUAAAUUUGGUUACAUGACAACAAUGGACCCAUGCUUGGGGAACAGGGUGACACUGAACCCAUCUUUAAGUUGUGAACCCAUCCUGGACCCAUAACUGUGCACAUGCACAUGCACAUGCACUUUUAAGAGCUCUGAAGGGGUGCAGAAACCCUUGCAUUGGUUACCCCGCUUGUUGAACAAUUGAUGUACUCCAAAGGUAGAUUUUAGGAACAAUUUGAUGAAAUCCAAUGCUUUGGAGGACUGGGAUGACUAAAAAAGAUCACAAGAUAUGGUCAGAGACAAUUUUAAACAGACAAAAACUCCCUCAACUGACUUACAUUUAAGAGUACAUUUACUUGUACACCUACAUUAUAAAUUUAAAUUUACAGUGAAUGUACUUCUUUUAAAAAAAAAAAAGCAAACAAAAACAUUCCAUUGACUAUACUUUUGGUUUUGUUCCUAGGCUAAAGCAGUCCUGAAAUUCAUUGAAGCAAUAUCAGAAAAGACCUUAAGAAGCACAGUAACACUAACAGCAGCUCGUGGUCGUGGAAAAUCAGCUGCCUUAGGACUGUCAUUGGCUUCAGCUGUUGCAUUUGGGUAUGCUAUUAAAGUUAACCCUUUACAGUCCCUAACAUCAGUAUGCAUAUUCUCCAUACUGUUCUCUAAACAUUUACUAAGGUGCAGACAAGGAUAAUUUGUUUAAUAGCAGAGCUUGCAGAACGUAGCCCCAUAAUUAUACAAAAUAGUAGUAACCCAUGAAGCCGAAAAAAUUUGGACGUGCGACCGUACAACCGACCGUACAAGGUGCUACUUUUAACAUGAGUGGUCAACUGUACCACGGGCAUGCCAAUGCCAUAGCUUUGUUCGGUAGUCCAGUGGUCAGUACACUGGGCUCUGAGUCGGACAACCCAGGUUCUAGUCCUGGCCAGGGCAAGGUGUUGUGCCCUAGAGAUGUCCAGAAAAAAAAAAUGCAAGCUCCACUUUUAGGCUUGGCUAAAUCUAUAUAUUAUUCCAGAGCUUCUUUAGUUGGAGAUUUUUUUCCUUUAUUCUCAUGACAUUAAUGGUUGAUUCAGGGGUGAUAUGGUAAGGAGAAAUUAGGUGCCAGUCACUCUUAGGGUUUUAAAGGGUUAAGAAAUUAAAUCAUAAGAGAGAUGGUGAGAUCUUUAGGGUAGAAUGUUAGAUGUUAACAUCUUGAACUUACCUUUCAUUGGAAUCACCUCAUUUUCUUCUCUUCAAGUCUAACAAAUGGAAUUUACCAUUUUUCUUGAUGUUGCAGGUACUCAAACAUGUUUGUGACAUCACCAAGUCCAGAAAACUUGCACACUUUGUUUGAGUUUGUCUUCAAAGGAUUUGAUGCCCUGGAAUUCCAGGUUCGAAAAUGAAAUCUGUUGCAAUAUUGAUUCAUUUUUAUCUGUAUAGAUUAAGAUAUACAUGUUGUUCAAUGUUAACAAGAAAAGGUAUAUUAAGUGUCUGUAAUAAUUGACAGGAACAUCUUGACUAUGAGCUGGUGCAGUCAACCAAUCCAGAAUUCAACAAAGCAGUUGUAAGAGUGAAUAUUUUCAGGGAUCAUCGACAAACAAUCCAGGUAUCCAUUAAAAGAGGAAUGUUUCUCAUUCCAAUCAGUGCUACCUGUAUUGACAAACCCCCAAUAAUAGUAUAAAAAUGUUGUAUAUGGACUUAUAUAAUAAGACUUGUAAAGCCCUGGAUAUGCUUUUAUUGAAAACAUUGGACAGAAAUGCAUGCAGGAGGGUUUGCACACAAUGACAUGGGCAGGGCCAGAAAAAGUUGUAAGGCCCUGCAAGAUGCAAGCUGAAAGAAAAGAGGAAGCCAUGAAGGGGAAGCAGGAAGGGGACGGGCGGCAUACUGCUAUUUUGUGAUCUAGCCUGAGCUGUUGUACACAGACUCAUGCAUCAUAAACUCUUUUUUGUCUAUGUUUUUUAUGAAGGAGCACACUGGGCUGAACAGGUCAUUUGAUAAUUACUUGUAUUUGACUUGGAAGGGGAUUUCUACUCAGGCUCCCCAAACAAAAUAAUCACUGUAGUUGACAACAAUUCAUUUCAGGGCCACUCUCUCACACACAAUCAGAAUAGUAAACCAACUGUAGUGGUCUACCACAAAAAUCUAACUACGAACUCUCCUUUUCAGUACAUUCACCCAUCAGAUGCCCACAAACUUGGCCAAGCAGAGUUGGUUGUUAUUGAUGAGGCUGCUGCCAUUCCACUGCCUUUGGUUAAAGACCUCAUGGGGCCAUACCUUGUGUUUCUGUCAUCAACAGUGAAUGGGUAAGGAGUGACUAGGCAAAUACUAGUAUUGUGUAUGAUAUGGUUGCAAUGAGGUCAUUUUUGAGUGUGAAGAAUAAUGAGCAUGUGGUCCAUUUUACGCUUCAAAGGACAGGGUGAGGGGUACUGUCACUAACUGCGAAUGUGUGGAACUACUUGUCUCUUAAAAUUUCUUGGUUUAUCAGCAUGGGUGAACACUAAACUUAUGUGGCAUACCUGCAUUUGUUCACUUUCAGAUAUGAAGGAACAGGCCGAUCUCUCUCUUUAAAACUGAUCCAACAGCUUAGACAACAGAGUACAACUCAUGGUCCUUCCAGUAAAGGCAACAGUUCCACACCUCUGGGCCGCAGUCUUCAUGAAAUCACUCUGAAUGAGUCCAUUCGUUAUGCACCAGGUGAUGAGGUGGAAAGAUGGUUAAACCAUCUUCUCUGUUUGGACGCCACUGUGGUACAGAGGCUGUCUUGCGGUUGUCCAUUGCCUGAAAACUGUGAUUUGUAUCCUUUGUAGCAAUGACAAGAUUUUUAAUUGUGCUUUUCAAGUCCUAUCAUGUUAGGGGCAGCCCCAGAAAGAGAAUAAGAGGAAAGAUAGGGGAAAAGAAGCCAAAAGAUGAUUAAAAGGGUGGGCUUGAGUAAGAGACUAGAUUUUUAUAAGGAAAGGGAACUUAUGUGUCUAUUUUGUCUUAGCCUGUUUCAAGUGUUUUUUAAGUAAAUGGCAGAUGGUAAAAGAGGAGUGAACAAGCAAGUGAGGCUUGAGUCCAGAGGAAGAACCACACGUCCCUCACUUUUUCACUCCACUGCUACUGUUGUGCUGUUUACUAUUUUUCUCUGUUUUAGCCUUUACAUCCUAAAAUCAGUAUGAAUAUUCUCCAUACUGCUCUUUAUACAUUUCUUAAGGUGCUGACAAGGAGAAUUUGUUUCAAAAUCAAGAGUUUAUUAAGGUGGUGAUUGUUUGCUUUAUUUCCAUGACCUGCAUGUUUGAUUCAGAGGUGAUGUAAGGGUUAAUACUGACUUGAAGCCUGGAACAGGCUGAUCAUGAUGCAUACAUUUUUUUCUCAUUGUGGUUACUGAAAUUUACUUUUGUUUGAACAGUAAAUGUGUUCCACCUUGGCAGCCCUUAACUGGUUUUUUUUAUUAGAUAUUACGUCAAUCGGGAUACACUGUUUUCUUAUCACAAAGCAUCUGAAGUCUUCUUGCAAAGGCUCAUGGCUCUUUAUGUAGCUUCGCAUUACAAGGUAAUUAACUAUUCUCUUGGAUCUUUUAUUUGAAUGUGACUGUACAGUGUACAUCAGUGCUCAGAUUAGAGCAGAACUAGGGCAGUUUUUGUCAUUCCUGUAUGAAUGGGGAACCAUUGCAUGUCACUUGUGGGCAUAACAUAGCAAAUGGGUCCUUAAUCUUGUUCAUUUCCCCUACUGACUAAAGUCGACUGUAAGGUUUUUUUUUUUUUCUACAAAAUGUUCGACCAAAUUUUUUAUUAUUAAUGGUUGUUUUCCUUUUGUUUUCUUUUGUUAAAUUCCAUUUUUGUCAUAUUAGUUCUGAGGUUUUUUUGUUGUUAUAAUUUUUUUUAUUCAUAUGGCCUCUGUAGCAUUGCUAGGGGCACAUUGGACCCUCAGUGGUUCUGUUUGCGCUUCAGGGGGAUGAUAUUUUGCCAAGAAAGAAUGAUACUAGUGUAAUCAGCACUACCCUUGGUCUACAAGUUCUUUCUUCCUCAUCUCUUUCAUUUGCAAGAGGAAAUUGUUGCUUCCCUAUUAUCAGACCAUUGUGGUAUGACAGUUCACACUAAAUUCAUUGUCUUUCAUUUGCAGAACACUCCAAAUGAUCUACAGUUGUUAUCUGAUGCACCUGCGCAUCACAUCUUCUGCUUGUUAGGCCCUGUUGAUCCAGCUCAGAACACACUUCCAGAGGUGUACUGCGUGUUACAGGUGAGAGCUUGCAAAGCAAGGUACAAUAAAAUACGAAAAAGGACACGUCACCAACUUGAUUUGCAUCCCUGCCAGGGACUGUGCCAGCCUCUGUAGCAUAUGAUAACUAGGACUGAUAACUAGAUGCUGAUAUUUGCGGAUCACUUCCGGUCGAAUUUUUCAACUUCCAUUCUGUAGACAACUGAAGCCUUAAAAAAUUCUUGUUUUAAAGAAGUUUUCAUUUCACAUAUUAAAUGUGUCCACGAUCAGAUUUUUGCUGGUGUAAGCUUUUCUUCAAUCAAACGUGUAUGUGAUUUCAACCAGAUUCUCUGACUGUUACAGCGUAGAUUCCUAGCUGAAGCGCAAAAAGUUGGUUCAAUGGGAAUGUUGCUAUUUUUCUUUACUUGACUUCUUCAUAUCGUAAAAAAGUUCCUGAUUUAGAUCGAUACAGUAUAUUCUUUACGAUUAAAUGACUUGAAACUAGUGACAGAAAGAAACUAGUGAUAGAAAGUGUAGUCCGGUCAGUUGUUUCUGUUUAUUGAUUUGGUCAAAUGUAUUACACUAUUCGUUCUUAGGACAUGCAGUUUUCAUGAUAAAAUCAAACUUGACUGAAGUGUACAUGCUUGAAUUUUCCUCAACUAAACAAACCUUUUCCCUCAAAGAACUGCAAAUAAGGUUAUACUGCGAAAAGUACUGCAACAGUAUACACAUGUACACCCGUUUUCAAAAACAUCGCAAUUUGAAAAUUUAUAUCAAAUAUACACACCUUUUCCUUUUUCCAUGAAAAAAGGUGUUUCCAAAAAUAAAUUAAAGGGACAAUGUUUCAAAAGAAAACUACAAUAGCUGCUGUCAAAAUAACAAAAGAGGUAUUGUUUCCUUGGAUGUGAAAGAUACAUGCAUUGUCAAUUACCUUUCUGAUAAGGAAAGAAUAGGUGUAAAUAUUUAAUAUACAUUUUUAAAUUGCAAUAUAUAUAUAUAUAUAUAUAUAUAUAUAUAUAUAUAUAUAUACACCUGUUUUCAGAAACGUUGCAAUUUGAAAAUAUAUAUUAAAUAUCUAUAUAGUAUGUACAAAAGAAAUACUGAUAGUAAAGCAAAACAUAACGCAAACAAUUUGGUUGAGAAUUAUGUAAACAGCAUCAACCUUCAUCCAUUCAGCGUAAGGAUAAACCUGUUAUAAAACCUCGAAGAAAAGUAAGAAAGUUGUUUGAGAAUUAUGUAAACAACAACAUCCUUCAUCCAUUUAGCUUAGAGAUAAACUCGUGCUAUUAAAAUUUAGUUCCAGAGACCAAUAUUCCAAGACCCCGAACGAUCAAGAACGAGAUUCAAAAACCCCCUUUUCCAAUGGCUUCGCCUCUGCGGUUGGCAGGUUCAUAAUAAAAAAGAAGGUUAUUAUUUGAAUAUUCAGGCAAUCGCCACAGGUUAUCGCGGUCAUAUAAAGAGCACGUUGCAUAACUAAAUCGAUAUUUCUGAUCAAAGCACUUCUAGUCUCGACUAAGACUGAAUCUGCGAGCAUUUGACCUCGCAUUUGUUCAAGCUCUUGAGUAUUUCUGUUCAGUUGAGAUUCAAGAAGCGAUGUUUUCGCUACCCAGUGGGCCAGAGAUUUCUUCGCUCUCUUCCACUGUUUCAACAGCUUCUCUCGCUCAUAUUUCUUGAGAUUCCACUUCCUCCUGAGGUCGACAUCUGCUCGUGGAACCGAUUCUUUCGGUACGAUGUUUUGUACAAUCUCCCCUAGUGAUUCUAACCGACGGUUUUGUGGCAGAUUUUGUCUUACUGAUUGCCCUGAGUUGAAAUUAGUAACGUUAAAUUUCACGUCCUCUUCUUGAUCUUCGUCUAUCUUGUUCGCUUCUGAGCCUCUUUGGAAAGCGGUUAGGCUUCCUUCCUCCUGCUGGUUUUUACUUUCACGCAAUCGAAAUCUAAUAUCAAAUCCAUUGGAUGCGUGACGCCAAGAGAGUGAGCUAUGGUAGAAUAUUGAUCAAUAAAAAAUUUAUUCAAGUUUCAGGUCUGUAGGGUUUUCCGCUGAUGAGUUAUUCGCCGAAAUGUCGUACAAAAUUUAUAGAGAUCGGUAUAAGGACGCCGCGUAACGGAAGCAACUGGCCUUGGUUGUACGAAGGCUGGAUAACGCUAUCCACUUUGCUAUCCAGCUGAUAGUAUAGUAUGUUUUGUCAACACUUAUCCAAUGGACAGUGAUUUAUCCGGUGGAUAGCAAUAUCCAACAACGAAGGCCUGUUGUUAUGUUUCGCCAAUAGAAUGAUUUCCUAUCCUCUAUGAACUUGCGAACAUUCAUCUGAACAAAUUUUUCUAAUGUUUCUUAAAACCUUCGUACAUUUUGGAGCCGUACUCUGCAAAAAAAACAAAACAACGUGCAAUCAUCGAAUUUUGUGUGAUCUGAAAACAGAAACCUUGACGGCAUGUUAUUCAAGUUUCCAUUUUGACUCGACGCUGCACAUCUAUCCUAAUGCGUUAUGCUGAAAUUGAUGCUGUGAGAGACGGAAAUUCUAACUAAAAAUUUAAUCGACGUCUUCCUCGGCGUUGCCUUCCUGACUGUUCAAGGUCCCUUUAUCUUGCAUUGAGUGCAACGUGAUUCAGCUAUGAGCAUUUUAUUCACCGCACAUGUGUCAAAGUUCCUCUUACAAUCGAUUUAUACUCAUGCUGAUAAAUCACAAGACGAAUUACAUGCCUAGAGUUCAAAUGGUCAGGAUUUGAUCAACUCUUAACUCAGUUCAGUGAGGGUCUGUUUCGUCUUUCAUACUUGGAUUUACAGUUUAAAACUUCAGUCCUUAUAACUGCAUCCGUUUUUUAAUGUCUCAGCCCGUGGCGUGCAAUCAGCGCGUCUACAGCAUUUUCCUGAUGCUCCGCACAGCAUUCCAUGGAGACGGUGUCGGUCUUCUUCCCUUCAGAAUCUGUGAAAUAUACCACAACAACUCUAACCAUCCGCACCCUCUUUUUAUCUCUUGGUGUUUUCCAUCUACACUCAUUGGUCAUUAAAUUGUGACACAUCUGUUUUACUUCCACAUGUUUUACUUGGUUGGUCUUACACAUGGUCACCGGUGACAAAGCAAGCGUUUUCUAUGCGUAAGGAGACGAACAAUAAGAGAAAACAGAAAAAUGUAUUUCCUUCAAUCUCAUGACCUGAGAUUUGAUCAUCCUGUGAUGUCAUAGACAUCCUGCUUUUCCGAGAAACACGUCGCCAUAUAUUUGUUAAUCAUUCAGUUUGAUUAUCUAUAUUACAUGUUUGAUAUUGGUUGUGGUCGCAUUGAAUGACGUUCUGAUUAUCCCGUGUUUAAGAGAAAUAUUUGUUCUUUGGAUUAAUCAGUGAGUAAGUAGCCUACGUGUAGCCGUACCCCCCCCCCCAGGUGAAACGGAGGCGAGGUUUCCGUUUCACUUUGGAAGGGGAGGGUACGGCUACACGUAAGUUAGUGACUGUCUUGGACUGAUCAUGUGGAUUACAUUAAGACCAAAGUGUCUCAGAGGCUUGGCGUUUUACAGAGAAUAAAACAUCUUCUGCCAAGAAAUACAAGGGAACUCUUUGUAAAAGCCAUGGUGCUGCCAAUCCUUGAUUAUGCAGAUGUGACUUGGGGGGAUAAAUCCAACACCACUCUGAUGAACAAGAUCCAAUUACUCCAGAAUAAAGCAGCUAAAUUAAUUUUAGAUAUGCCAAAGCAUUCAUCAGCAACAGAAGCUCUUGAUCUACUUGGUUGGGAUACAUUGGAAAAAAGGCGAAGAUCACAUCGUCUAUUUUUGGUUUUUAAGUCCUUGAAUGGACUAAUUGAUUGGAAUUUUAAUUUUAAUCAUUUUAAAGAUAUACAUGAUUAUAACACUCGUUUUAAUAACAACAUUUGUAAACCACAAUCAAAGCGUACAUGGGGUCAGCAUCGGUUUGUUUGUCAUGCAGUAGAUGACUGGAACGCUCUCCCAGACGGCAUUAGGAACAUUUCCGAUUUUUCAGUUUUUAGACGUCUUGUUAAGAACAUGUAGUCUCUUCUAUUGAUUAUACCCUUUUAUCCUAUUCUUGAUAACCAUAUUUAUAUUUUCUAUUAUCCUUACGUUAGAUUUAUGCAGGGCCUCACUGAAAACCACACUUUGUGACGUGGGCUCCCUGUCAAAAGAUCUUAUUAUAAAAGUACCAAACCGCGUGACCGUAUAUGUCUUUUGUUUGUCACGCUCAAAAGAGAGACAUCACACAUAAUUACUACUGUAGAAAAUCUCUUUUUUUUUAAUUUCAAGUUACAAUUUUUCUCUUCCUAAUUAGAAUUACGAAUUAGCCAAUCACGCCAAAGAACUCUAACCUUGCAUUUGUAAAACUGACGUGGACAUUUUUCGCGUACUUUUAGUUUGUUUUCGCGGAGUCUUUAGUUUGUUGUGUGGAGCUUUCGUUCCCGUAAAUUUGUAACUCCUUUGUUUGGAAUUUGAAGAAGUUUCGGAGUUUUUAUUUAAUCUUUAAUUAAUCAUAUCUUUAAUUUCACUUAGUCAAAAAACCAGCGGUCACAUAAAGUGCGUUCUGAGGUAUUUUCGUUCCGAGUACAGUCUUUUUGUUGUAUUUAAGUGUGUACAGCCUGUUUUCGUACUUAUUGACGUUUUUGAUAAAUAAAUUACGGCGGUUGAAAAUAUACGUUCUCUAAGAAGGGAAGACGUUGUCAGAGGAGAUGAAAAUUGUUUUUGCCGAGCUGUUGCUCUUGGGAGGGAUGAAACAGGCGACGAGAAACACAAGGAGAUCAGUGGGUCGAGUUCCAGUUUGUUUCAGAAAGAUCCAAAGGUUUUUUAGCUGCCACUCCUCGCUUUUUUCAACUACAAACAGUCAUGUUGCGGUUUCUUCAACACUAACAUUUUCUACUUUGAUUUCUUCGGCUGAUCUUCAAGUAAAGUUUAGAGCUCUGGGACAGUUUCAAAACAGCACUUAUAUUUUCUCAGUCUUCGGCUCGUCACAGUUUGGUAUCUAGUACUUCCUCUUCAAAAUGUAGUUGUUGUAGGUCACGAUUAGAGAUAUCUUGUAAUGUUUGGAGGUUUCGAAGCCGUGUUGGUGUCGUCAAAGCUGCUGUGUUGGCAACUCUAAGUUCAAAGUCUUCAGUGUUCACAAUUCGCCUUAUCUUACAGCACCGAGCUAACGCCUGUCGAAACUCAGGUACUCUAUAAGCAUACACAACUGGAUUUACAAAUGCGUUGGAAACAUUAACAAAGCUGAUAGCUACAAAACACCUCCACGGUAUUACAUCGUGAAGAUCGAGUAGAACGUUUAAACUGAAAACAGAAGCAAAAGGUAGCCAGCAAAACAAAGCAAGGACAGAAACAAACAGCAAAGUCUUUGUCAAGCGUUUACUUUGUAAGUCUCUGGUUUGCUGAAGCGAGCUUGCGACAAUUCUUUCUUGAAACUUUCUCCUUAUGGCGAUGUUACAACCACAAAUGAGGAUAAUUGAAACAAUGCAAAUUGACAACCAAACGAGAGAAUAAUAUUUACUCAAAUUAGCUAUUAAAAAUAUGGUAUCCAAGGAGGCUAGUGUCCACACUACUAUAAUAACUAUGCAGUAUGCCCGCACAGAUAGCGUUCGGUGUCUAAACGGUCGGUAUAUGGCGUAAAACCUCUCGCAUGACAUAAAGGUCGCAGUUAUUAAUGAUGAUACCAUCGAGAUGUUAUCAGCGAUGGUAUAGCAGUAGAAAAAAAGCUGGCUCAUUCUUCCUGACCAAAGCUGAUAAUGGUGUUUUCCAACCCAGUAAAUGUACAAAGGCAGAGUCACAGCCCCUAACAUCAGAUCGGCAACGGCCAUAUUGAUGACGAGAAACAAACUUUUCUUUCGAAGCCUCUGGUUAACAACAAAAAGAACGAUGGUGAGUAGGUUUCCUACGACUAUCAAAAUUGCUGCCAAUAUGAAAACACUGCACCAAACGAUGGCUUCAGGUUUGGAUGGAAAAUCCAUGGAUGAUGUAGACUUGUACUCUUCGCUGUUAUUAUUUGCUGAUGUGUUAUUCAUUGCUGACAUUAACAGACUUUAACGAUCUCGGCAGACAGCCUGUGCAGGUGUGGCUCACUUCAUCGUCGUCGUUGUCACUGAUGCACUAGAUAAGCUGAAGCGAUGUUCACACCUUGAGAAUUUUCCAUGACCAGCUUUGUAUAAAUGUAUAAUACGAUGUUUUUUAAAAUUUUUUUUUUUUAAUUAAGUUAGAUGACAAUUUUCCUCCAAGAACUGUAUGAGAUGAUAAUUUAAUCCCUCGAGUUGGUGUGCUUAUUGCAAUAAAUAACUUUGUGCACUGCUGAAUUUUAAAUCAACCAGCGAAGUCUUCCAAUUUUUAGAAACCAGCUGGUUAAGUCUUGUGCUCCCAUAGUUUAUUUCAAGAAACUAAAAAUGGGAAAUUUGAAUUUCGGUAAAGAAACAGAUUAAAUGCAGAGUGCGAUUGUGUCCAACAAUGUUUGUGAGCUCUAUCAAUGGUCUCAAGCUAUAAUCUUCCCCUAAAAUGGGAGGCGGGGCGGUUGUGGAACUAGGAUCAUGUUCGCUCAGAAAAUUAAAAAAAAAUUCAAUAAGCGAAGACAGAUGUUAAGAACUGUUUUCUUCAGCUAAUUGUGACUACAUGAUACGCUUUAUUAAAACUCUCAUUUAUCUAGAAGUCUUCAAAAAUAGCCUCUAUAACGUAACGCGGAAAAACGGACGUUUCUCAAGGGAAGAGCUUGAAGUCAAUCAUUUCUUUUCUUGACGCAAUUCUGCAAUACGAUUGGCAACCAACAACUACCGACAUUAAUUUGUCGGUAGUUGCCUGCAUAUUUAAUGUUUUUUUUAAUCAAUAAACUGUUAACAUGUCGAUGAGAUACGCAAGCAAUCUGUUAGGAAAUAAAUACAUGUAAAUACUCGAUCAUGUAGGCGUCUUCCAACAAACAACUCAUGGCUCUGAAUUAUUAACUAAACUUGUAAACCACUCUACUACAUCUUCCGCAAUACCACAGUUAAAGUUAUUGGUUUUAUUCGAGAAUGAUACAUUCCCGAAAACAAACCCGCUAGAUUAGUUUCUGCUGUAAGGAAUCGAGUUGAAACAUUUGGGGGCGAACUUAUUUUCCGUCAGCCGACUAAUUCGCUUAAGUAGUAUGGAGCGAACUUACUUGCGCUGGUGCGAAACGUCCUCAAACCGAGUCAAUCCCGCACCUCUUGAUUUCGUUCCAAAGUACGAAGCAUUGAAGCAUUUUGUGGCUGAUCAAAAUAAUCCAAAUUUUUUUCUUGGUACUCCCCUUACAGGUUUGCCUUGAAGGUGAUAUCUCCAAGUCUUCCAUCAUGAGCAGUCUAUCACGAGGCAAAAGGGCAUCUGGCGACCUCAUUCCCUGGACGAUAUCGCAGCAAUUUAAUGAUCACGAUUUUGCGGGUCUUUCUGGAGGAAGAAUUGUCAGAAUCGCUACCCAUCCUGACUUUCAAGGGGUAUGAAUGAUUCGUUUACAUUUAUUUAUUUAUUUAUUUAUUUUUAAGUUUGCAUCUUGCCUAAGCAGGGGCAGAUCUAGGAUUUCUUAAUGAUUUUUAUAAUGAUUUUUGAUGCAGAAAACAAAUUAUUUUUGGUGUAGAAAACAAGUUAUUUUUGACGCAGAAAUCAGACUAUUUUUUACGCAAUGGCCUACAUAAGCUUUAAUAUAGAAUAGUAGAAUUAUCUCCAUCUCAAAAGGUAGCAAUUUGAGUUGCACGAUCUUCAUAGUAACCAUUGUGAACCUGCUUAUUUCUUUUCUGCAAUAGAUGGGUUAUGGUCGAAGGGCCAUGAAUCUUCUUAUUCAGUAUUACGAGGGAAAGAUUCCCAGUUUAGCUGAAGAACGCAAAGAAGACGGACAAAUCUCAACUCUGACUGGAGAUGAGGUAAAAAUGAAAAGUGCAUCAAUAUCAUCGUGAAAGUUUGAAGGUGCAUUUGAAAAAGAUCGUGGCCCAAAAGGUCAAUCUUUUCAUUGGCCAGUUUUUGACUGAGGGGAAAAUAAUAACAAGUACUUAGUUCAAUUGUUCUUUUUUUACUAAUUCGUAGUUCACAUUUACCAUUUGUAAACGUAAUGUAUGGAGGAAGAGAAUAAUAGCAAGGAAAUAAUACACUUUCAGUACAGUAACGUUCUUUACUUUGUUCAGCAGGUUGAAGAUCCGCUUUCUGUUUGUCUCGGAAAAAGUGCAGGUGUCGCACAAAAGCUAUCUAUGACUUUCGUGAAGCCUAUUCAAUAAAAAUUUCAUAUUUGCCCAUAACCUCUUCGCUUCUCAGUCAAGCGAUCUUUUUAAGCAUUGUUUCUGAGGGCGACUUUUCGACUGAGUGUCUUAAGACCAAAGCCAAAUUAAAAUGGCCAAUCAGAAGAAGGUAAAAUACCCAAGGAAGCCAUGGAGAACUUGAAAUGAACAUAAAGCCAAAAGCGCGGGAAACUGCCAGCGAUUGUUUUCAUCUGAUUGGUCGAGAGGAUGGCGCGGGAUCUUUGAUCCAGCACAAAGUGACGAAAGCAAAAUCAUUACAAUCCCAGCUUUCUUGUGACACUCAAUUGAAAAUUGUGCCAUUCAGAAAUUAACUUUCGAUAUACCAAUUCCUUAAAGGAUUGGGCUGCAGUGCAAGCAUCUUAUUGGGAAGAGUAAUAGCAAACUCGCGAUCGUUUAUCCAGCCGGCCAUGAUUGAUUGAAGUGGACGGUGGGGAGAGGGGCAAAGAAAUUCAUGUGCCCCCAACCCCUCUCCUCUCCUUCCUUUUUACUAUCGUUCACCCCUUUUGUUGAAAUUUAUUUCUCUCCCCAGCUUUCCGUGGCUGUAAAUUCAAAAAUGGCAGCUAUAAUUUUCACCAUGAAAAUACUGAGCACUUAGGUGCCAAAAUUACGCCUACCCUGCAGGCUGUUAAAGGGUUUGUUACGGCAGUUCUAACUGACGUAAAUUCAAAAUGUUCAUUUAUUUCAUAGGAUGUUGGCCUACUACAGGAGGUGAUAACUCCUCGCAGUAAUCUGCCGCCUCUUUUGUUAAAACUCAGUGAAAGACCAGCCGAACAACUGGAUUAUUUGGGCGUAUCCUACGGCUUGACAACUCAACUCUUAAGGUUCUGAGAAAAUUAUUUCUUUCAUCGAAAAAUAUACAGUCGAAACUCCUUACAGGACCCUCCUUCGUAAUUGUGCUCUUUCUCUCAAAACUUUAACCUAAUUUUGGGACCUAUCAUUAUUUAUCACCAAGGGAAGUCGGAGGGUUUUGUGUGUGUCACGAUGAAAUUUACCAGAUUCCCCCCCCCCCCCCCCCCCCCUUCCUUAAAGUACCGUAUUAUUCCAAUGAUUCCCCUCAUUGGCAAUCAAUUGUUUUUGGUCCCCCUGUUGUUAUGUUGGUGUGGACAGACUGAUCCCCCGUCCGUUGACCCCUGAAAACCAUGUGACCAUGUGAUCUCCAAGAAAACCUUUACGUCCUUCCUCCCUUUCCUCCCACCCACCCCCCCCCUUCCCCGGGGGCGACGAAUAAUGAGUGAUGUCUUACUCCUGUGCAAUCUCUGUAGUUGUAGCUUUUUAUAAGCGACUGGGAGCACCUUCUAGACAACCUCGCGUCAAUCAUGUAACAUGUAGGAAGAUAAUGAUUGGAAAUAUAUGAAAAUGAGUGCACUGUGCACUUCGGUGAAAAAACAGAUAUAAGCGGUCCUCGCAGCUAUGAACACUACUGAACUAGUAGUUGAAAUAGGACCUGAAAAAAAUUCAGGCCCGUACGGGAUUUGAACCCAUGACCUCUGCGAUACCGGUGCAACGCUUCAGUAUCGCAGAGGCCAUGGGUUCAAAUCCCGUACGGGCCUGAACUUUUCAGGUCUUAUUUCAACUGCUAGUUCAGUUGUGUUCAUAACUGCGAGGAUCGCUUAUACCAGAUAGGAAGAUGUUUCUGAUUUUACAAAUGCCCUUGCUAGAACAGAAUGUUUAAUAGCCUAUUAAGACACAGCACAAUUUUUUUUGCGAGAUUUCGGUAAGUUUUUUUCAUAGAAAAAAAUACAAUUUUUUAUGAUUGUUUUUCAUUUUAUAUCUGUUAGAUUUUGGAAGAAAUCCGACUUUGGUCCUGUGUACCUACGCCAGACGCCGGUAAGGAAUUUAAAGCAUUUUUAUCUUUCCAUCGUAGUAUUGUCUCAAUUUUCGUUGUUUUUUUCAUUUUCUGAACGAAAUUCUGUGGCAGGAUAUGAAUAAAUACUGAGUUAGCGGGAAUAUUGAUCAACUCUGAUGCUUUAUUCAGUCUGCAAUGAAAAUGAUUUGUUGUGAAAAGACCGGCUAGCGGUCAUUUUAUUUAUUUGUUUAUUUUGGUUGUUGUUCUCUCAACUUAGCACUUGCAUAUGACUGUACUACUACAAAAGAGACGGUAGCCUUUGACAAGCCCUCACUUUAGAUCUGCAGAACGCGCGUUUCUCCGCCCGCGGGAAGAUUUGAGACGAGUCGGGUUGAGGUUUGCCGGGGAUCUGGCACUAAUGAUAAGUUCCCUCCCACUUCCCCAGACUUUGCAAGUUUAGUUCUUUCCAGAGUGUCUUUUUUUCUGACAGGAGUUGUCCCUGUUUACUUUCUAGAAUGAUUUGACUGGCGAACACUCUUGUAUAAUGUUAAGACGACUCUCCGAUCAAGAAGAAAACUCUGAUGACAACUGGCUGCAAGCCUACAUGACUGGUGAGUGGUAAAGUCCUAUAAGGCGCGAAGAAUUCAGUUUUUAUUGAGAGUUUUUUUCAUCUUCCAGCUUUCCAACACUAGAUAUGCGAAAGACAGCUACAAAAGCUUAUGCAGAGGUUUCAAUAAAAGCCGAUGACCAGCGGUCUACCGCCAUAUGUAAGACCUCUCACCGCCGUCUGUUGAGCCUGUGCUCAACAGGCACAGCCGCCUAUUACACCAUCGGCAGCCGCUUAUGGCAAAAUAUUGUUGACUCGCAAACCCCCAGAUUAAUUUUUAGAUGGGCGUGGCUUAGUUUGCAAAGAUUUCAGGGGGCAUAUGGAGCAAUGGUGUUAAAACAUGAGAGAAAAUUAUUAUCAUUGGUAGAAUUUUGUGUAAAUUACUCGCCACGCAAACUGACAGAUUUGCGCUUAGCAAAAUUUUGUACCACGUUAAAAACAGGGUAAAAUCAAGCAUUUAACCCCUACGAGUGACUAGCAUCUUAUUUCUCCUUACAAUAUCGUCACUGAAUCACACAUUAAUGUCAUGAGAAUAAAGGAAAUGAACAUCAACAGAAAUUCUUGAUUGUUAAACAAAUUCUCCUUGUCAGCACCUUAUUAAAUGUACAGAGAACAGAAUGGAGAAUAUGAAUUCUGAUGUUGGGGUGGAAAGGGUUAAGACAUCGUGAAAUGUGACGCUUCAUACUUUUGAAAGGUGAAGAGAAAUACAAACGUAAGGUCAAGUUAUCUUUACUCAUUUGGCAAUCGGUGUUUCUUUAUAUUCUCAGAUUUCCGCCGGCGUUUUUUGUCCCUCCUUUCCUAUCAGUUUCGCAACUUUCAACCAUCUCUAGCGCUGAGUAUUCUAAACAACAAGAGUUACAAAGGAAUUAAAGGCUCAGGUAGGUAAAUUUACAAUUAGAUUAUGACCUCGUGAUUUAUAUCGCGUAGUAGUUGAUGACGGCGAAUCGCGCAUCGACCAUCGCGCGUAGAAAUUGAGAGCGAAUUGUCUUUUUUUGGGGUGUAAUUUGCUUUUUGUUUAAAACGUAUUAGUAAGACAGGCUUAGACAGAUUAUUUUAUAAUCGCGAUACAAUUAAGAUACGCUUCAUGCCACUCGGUGAACUCUAUCUCUGAACAGAGAACGAGUAGUGGUAAUGUAGCUGAUAUUUUCUAACUUGUCAUCGAUUACCUUUCCGCUUGAAAAUAUACAGAAAUUGCGAGAAGUUCAUUUUUGGUUACUCCGGAAGGUGAAAAGAUCAAGUGACCAAAUGGUACGAGCACACCAGAAGGUCCAUCCUAAAAGUUCGCUUCUUCUCACACUGAAAUCGAUACUCCUUCAUGAAACUUCUACCACUUAGCAGUAGAGCUAAAACAUCAGCAGUGCAACUUUUUUAGUCCACCAUGAUAGCUUGCCUUCUUUAAAUCGUCUCAAGUAUUGUUUUCAUUGCUCCUUAGGUUUAACAAAAGGUGAGCUAGAAGCUGUUCUUACAACUUACGACAUCAAGCGAUUGGAACUUUAUUCGCGGAAUAUGGUGGAUUAUCAUCUGAUCACGGAUUUGCUUCCAGCGGGUGAGAAACUUGAAAUGAUUUCUUAUCUUUAAGACAAGAUUUGGAAAUUUGAAUGGCCUUUUAUUUACAAGUCAGUCUUGAAAACGGAAAUAAUUUCCCUUUUUUUAGGAGCCCUUCCUAAGUUUCAGAAGUCAGUUCUUCACGAAUUAUAUACUUGGAGCUGAAGGAAUUUACUAAAGGCAGAAAUAAGGCCGCAAAAACGGUGGAGUUUUCAGAACAAAAUAGCCCCCCCCCCCACCCCCUUAGUCCCCCUUCCGCUCUCCUCCCUCUCCGUCUUUUGCGAGACCAAGAGAGGGGGGGAUGUCAUACUCCUUCGUGAGACCCUCUUCCUCUUACAAUACCUCACUUCACUCGGGAUUGUAAACUGCAAGGAAAAUCUUGUGAAAUAACCAAAGUAAAUUGAAUUAGGAAAACGGUGCCUAUAAUGACAUGAUAUUGCUUUUGUCGCACAGUCUCCAGGUUAUUUUUCCUUCAGAAAAUGGACUUCGAUCUUUCUGCAGUGCAAUCGGUAAGUUUGAAGAGCAUACUCCGUUAUCAUAUUAUCUUUGGAAGUUUUCUUUGCGCCUCAAGGACUACCAACAUUUGGAAGCAGACUGAGAUUAGAGAACUGAAUAAAGGUGAUAAGUUUCUGAAGAAACCGUGGUGCUGCGUCGCUGGAGGGCAUUACAAGAUAAUUUUGUUUUAUGAACUGUAUUGAUAAUACAAAGUGGUCUCCGUAAAGAAUUUUAAAGCUGGCAUCGGAGGUACCAUGAGCUCAUUGCUAGCGUUGCUCCAUCGUCCUUUAUAUAAACCGCACGCAACCCAGAAUUUCCCUAUUUGCUCUGACGAAGGGCUAACGGUCGAAACGUUAGCUUUCAAACUCUGUACGAUGACCAAUUUACAUUUUCAACUAAGUUGAUAAAACCAAAGAAUCCUUGAUCACAGAUCAUUAACAACGGAGUACAUUUUAAAGGUUGAAAAUUUCAAGUUGGUGUGCACGCAUGGCUUAGUUCGAUAGCUAAUAGUGUACGCUGUCUUUUUUCCAACAGGCGAUUCUUCUCGGACUUGGACUACAACACAAGACCAUAGAGGCCCUUGAGGUAAACGAUCAUCGUCAGAACUUAAAUACUUACCCUUAUAUAUUUAAUAGCAUAGAUUUCACAAAUAUGGUGGUUGUUAUGUUUGUUUCUUUGUCUUUUCAGAAAGAAUUAGAACUACCAUCAUCUCAGUUACUGGGAUUGUUCAACAGAACUAUGAGAAAAGUUGUUCAGGUAAAAAAAAAGUUUAUUUCGGAGGGUAGAGUUCUUUUAAACUUAUCAAGUGUGCUAAAAUAGAAAUAUGUGAAGCUUUUUUGGCACUGUAGGCAUCAAUGUCGAUGUAGGGCACAAAGCCUUUUCACGGCAGUUCGAUUGCUGAAAAAAAAUUAAGUUUAAACCUCUGCUCUUUAAGAAUUUUCUUAAAGAAAACUUUGUCAAGAUGUCAAGAGUUGCGCGAGGAAUAGAAAACUUAUCGAAUAGAUUCCAUUUUUACCGUGUGUCUGUUCAGUAAGAGAUCACAGAUGACAUCAAAAAGUGGUAUGAACUUUUGGGCUCUAGAUUUCACGUGUAGUAUCACGUGACUUUUGAUGUAAACGAACCCCGAAAGUUCGGACAUUGAGUCGAGCUCGCAGCACAUGUGUUCAAACUUCGGCUUUGGCACUAAUCUACUGUCAGACGGGGAUUUAUUUGACAAUCUACGCGCUAAACACCCUGAAAAUACCUGAUCAGAUACAUCACUGUACGCAGAACUAGUUCGAUUAUUCCAUGCCGCAACGCUUCCUGUAACAUUCUUCGCAUCUGCUUCAGCGGCAGCGAAAUGACAACUUGCUUGACACAAGAUCAAAUAAAUGAUAAAAGAAAGAUGCCAAUUUUGAGCGAAGAAACGUUUCUUGAAAGUGGGAAGUUAUUUAAGAAAAAUUUCCAAAGCCGAAAUUCGACUCAAUGUCAAUGUUCGACUCAAUGUCCGAAGUUUCGGGGUUUGUUUACAUCAAAAGUCACGUGACACCGCACGUGAAAUCUAAAGCCCAAAAGGUGAAUUAAGGGGCGCACGAGGCGCAGCUGAGUUUGUCACUGAUAUUCUUGCCGCAUUUUUCCUUCUUCUUUGAUCUAUUACUGAACAAACCCACGGCGACUUGGAAUCCAUUCGUUUUAUCAGAAGCUUAUAAGCUUCUGGUUUUUAAUGAUAUAAUCGUAAAGAUCACGAGUAAGAAGCAAAAAGUGUGCGUGACUCAGAUCAUCUUUUAAAAUACGUCGCUCGGAUCACUAGUAGUAUCUGGGCAACUGCCCACCUACCCCUCCCCUAACCCAACAUUAACCCUAACAUGUUAUCAAUUGACUGUUGUUGAGUUAGGGGAGGGGUAGGUGGUCAGUUACCCAGAUACUGAUAUUGAUCCCGUCGGUCUUCUGAUACUUUAAGGUUUUAUUUCCAUGUUUUUUUCUUUUCUUUUGCAGUGUUUUAACUCUGUUCUGGAGUCAUCCUUCGAUAGUCAAGUCACCAAAGAAAAAGAAGUGGCUAUGGAGCCGUUAGCUCAAGGACUUCAAGAGGAUUUGGUUAGCUUUCUACUUCAUCGUAUUACUACCUUUUACCCGAAAAACUCCAGUCAUAAGCUCCGUCUCUUUUCCUUUGCUUCAGCGACCGUCAAGAUCUAAAUAUCAAUUACCUGCUCUGUUUGCUCUAUAUCUUACACUGUUACCUCUCUCUUUCUGGGUGCUAAGCCAAAAAAAAAAAACUUCUAGUUAAUUGACAGUUAUCUUUCUUACUUUUACCUUUCUGCUUGAUAAAUUUAGCAAUAAUUUUGGGAGAAAUUUUUUCCACGAGUUACUCUCGGGUUGAAAGGAACAAAACUUCAAUCUGUGUCUUAUCGACGAUAUAGUGUGGGUGUGAUUCAAAGAACGGAGGCAUGCCAAAGGCUAGGUCGCCAUAUUAUUCACGGGGCGUUAAGAAAACUUCUGUUUCAAAAUUUAACUAAUAUUCAUGAAUUAAUAUCAGGAGGAGGCAGCGAAGGAAUUGAAAGAAAAGCAAAAGAAAGAACUGGAAAAACUGAAGAACAUUGAUCUCAGCAAGUAAGUUGUUUCCUGUCUGUUUCCAGACAGUUCCGCCCGAUUUCGGACACUUUCAUCCGAAUUCGGACGGUUCCGAUCGUAUUUUUGACGGUUCCGACUGACUUCGGACUACUGCGUCCAUUUUCGGACCGUAGCGUCCGUUUCCAGACGGCACCGUCUUAUUUGGGACAGCUGCAUCCGUUUUCGUUCGGGGUUCCGUCUGAUUCAGACACUUGCGUCCCUUUCACUGUCUGUGUAAUUUUACCUGUUUAUUCACAGUUGAUUUAUUUAUUGUGCUCUUAAUUAGGUUUGCAAUAUCAGGAAAAGAUGAUGAAUGGAACACGGCUCUAAGUAACAACAAUAAGAACGUCACCAGUGUGAUUAGCGUUGCAAGCACAAAGCGGAAGACACAGGUGAAUUGAAGUUAAACGUUUUACGCUGUUUCUCUUUUCCACUAACUGUUCCUCGUGAGUGUAAUCUUCUUAUAAAUUCUCAUUGCUUUCCCCUUUCCUCUCGUCCUUACAUUUCUUUCCUUUUUUUACAUCUCCUUUUUUACUUUAGUUUCUGUCUUCUUUUCCUACUUCAUCGUUUGCCUCUCGACUGCUCUUUCAAUUUUCCAGAUUUCUAUUCCACACUACUUCUUGUUUCUUGACUGAUUUUUUCUUCUUCUCUUCCCCAUUGUCGCUUAGUCUUCGCAUUUCCUCUUAUAGUCUUCGUCGUUCUAUAACGUCUCUCUGCUUUUCUCCAUUCUUGAUUCUGAUACCACAGCUUAUUGACUGCCUUAUUGAGUAGCCUUUACUUAUAACUUCCAAUAAGAUGUCUUGUCUCGUCACUUAAAUGAUGUGUUUUCUCUUCAGCCUUCCAAUGAUCAAAGCAAAUCACAUAAGAAGCGCAAGAAGUCCAAACAGAAGCACCACACUGGUUGAAUCUGCUGUCAAGUUAUUAAGCAUGUCAAGCAGUCUAGAAGACUGAGGAUAUGCCAAUUAUUGUCGCUACUUGUUCGAUAAACGUCGGCCUCUACAAGGAUUCGGCUAACACUGAACAGCAACGGCAAGAUGAUGGCAACUUUAGAAUUCAUUGACCUGUCGUUAAUUCUCAUCCAAAAUAACGAACAAAAUGAAUAUCAGAAGCGUUAUUGUCUGCUCUCUGAACAAGGGGGAACAAUUGCUAAAAGGCCGUAAACUGCAAAAAUUUCGUGCACUAAAGGACCAUGGUGGGCUUUACAAUGAAGGACAGAACGUAUGCGCUCACGCCAGCAGGAAUUUCCGUGUGUCAACGCAUGCGUAACGCUAACGUUAAUGAAGGGUGCAAAAAGCUCUUUAACUCUCUGAGAGCUAAGCGCAAAGCUUAUUAUAACGGUGUUAUCAUGGUUACAAGUUAUAUCAGGUGGUACGCGCGAUUCAUGACUUGAUGGUGGAAACGAUGAAUUGACCGCCAUCUCCAAUCAAGGAGACCCAAUUUUCGAGCGUUAGUUCUUCGUAAGCGAGAACGUUGUUCUGACACUUAAUUUGGCGAGAUUCUGUACGUUUAUAGGGAGAGUAUUUUUACUUGACCCACUGCCGCACACUUUUUGUUUUGUUACUUAAAUGCUUUACAUUAAAAAAAAGUAAAUAGAGCAAUUUUCUAUUAAGUGUCGUAAGAAAUCCGCAAUUGCUUAGAUUCUGCUUUACUUCGUUGUGUUACUCUUCUAACCAAUCAUAUUCAGUCAAACUUAAGCCAAUCACCACUUGGUCAAUGGCGUUCUCCCGCGAUUCGAGCACUGAGUUUGCUUGGCUCCUCGCUGGCUGUUGUGGUUUUACGACACUCAAAGGAAUUCAAAGUGCUCUAGAUACCAAUUCCACGUUGAUAGAUGUAACAAUUAGAAAUGUUUCACAGCCCACCCAACGUAUCACAUCAGUUUUAUUAGAAUCUGACGAAACGUUUAACUAACUAAGCGCCUUACUCAGAGUUCCUUUAACCUCAUAGAGGUGUGUAGAAAAAGAAGUGUGUGUAGAUAAGAAAAAAAGGGAGAUAAACUCAAAUGUCCCAGCGACUUAAUACGACGUUUCAGUCCUCGGCCACUUUGUGUGGAUCACGUUUCUGCUCAAAGAAAAAGAAAAACGUGAGUAAAAACUGACAAAAACUGAGCUCCUAUUUCAUGGAUCGAAGUGUUGGUUGAAGAGGAAGCGUUUUUUCCAUGUAGAGACGCGCCGCCAUUCGAAGGUGACUUCACCGAUUCAAUUUAUGCACGAACCAAUUAGAUAUGUCAUAGGAUAAUCAGAAGAUACACCCUGGCCAUCCCAUUUACAUGUUUACUGCUUAAUUAAAUUGUUAUUAUUUUCCC